AUGCCUUUGCCUAAUCCACUGGACUGGCCGAGUCAUCUUGCGCACCCGCCGCCUCCCCGCGUCUUCCUCUCUCUACCACUCUGCUUCUUCUGUGUCAAUCGAAACUGUCGUCUCCUCCUCUCCCCUUCGCCCCAUCGAAGCCCACCAACACCCCCCACUCUGCACACCCGAAUCAUACGGUCUGGUGAUGGCGUUAAUUACUCUCGGAAUCCCAUUUCGCCUCGCCUCCUGCAGCCCGGACACACCUCCGGCGGUCCAUCGACCCCGGCACUCGGCCUCCCCAACCCCUCUCGGCCCAGUCUGAGGCCAACUCCUCGUGUAUCCGGGCUUGCUGCAGGUCACUAUGCCGGCCGUGAGAACAUGUGUAGGAAUUGGAUGCAUGUGGUCGCCUGUUGCGGCACAAUCCACUUGCUCCUCAGUCUCGUUUAA